GUUGCCUCUUGCUCAGCUGUUUGUGAUCUACAGGUUGAGCCACUUAGAAUGGGUUUGACAGCAGGAGAUCAGCAGCUGAACCAGGAUUAGAGGAGAGAGAGAAUUAAGAUGGCGUGCGUCUCCCAUUGGUUGCUACUCCUCUCAUUGGCCAGUGCUACCCUGAGUCGGCCACUAUGGAGUGAACGCAAUGGGCUCAUAGAAAUGGAGAACAGCAUCCGGCUCGGGGGCAAUAUAAUACUGACCCCCAGUGAGGCAACAGCCAAUCAGAAGCUAAUGACGGUGAAGGGAGCAGAGUUCAAAGAGGCUGAAAGUACAGGCUUAUUUCCUCCCAGCAUGCACUUCUUUAAGGCCCGCCCACUUAUCCAGCAGAGCCAUGUUUUUAGUAUUCUGCGUCAGAUGCCAAAAGGGGGCGCUUUGCAUUUACAUGACUUUGCCAUUCUCAGUGUGGAUUGGCUGGUGAAGAACGCCUCCUACAUGGCAGACUGUUACAUGUGCUUGACCAGGGAUGGGGGAGUCAGGUUCUUGUUUGCAUAGCCUGCCCCUGUGGGAAUGCUGCCCCCUGGCUGCUCGGAGUGGAUCUUGCUGGAGACUUACCGGAAGAAGCUGGGAGAUGUGACUGAGUUUGAUAAAGGCCUGAUAAGGAACCUGACACUGCUGACGGACUCACCUGAGCCGCAUAUCCCGUCACAGGAUGAGAUCUGGCGAAGGUUUGAGGGGGCUUUCAUCACCGCCUCUGGACUCAUCUGCUACGCCCCGGUCUUCAAGGAGUAUUUCUACGAGUCUCUGCGAGAGCUGUAUGAAGAUAAUAUACAGUAUUUAGAAAUGAGAGCCAUGCUCCCCCCGGUGUAUGAGCUUGAUGGGACUGUCCAUGAUCAGUUCUGGUCCAUGGCCAUCUACAGGGACAUGGCAAAUAAGUUUGUUGGAGCCCACCCGGAUUUCCUGGGCGCUAAAAUCAUCUACACCGUGCACAGGCAUGAAGAUUUAGCUCAGGUUACGGAGGCUGUGCACCUUGCGAUGAAGCUGAUGGAGGCGUUCCCCGAAAUAAUGGCCGGAUUCGAUUUGGUUGGCCAAGAGGAUGCCGGCCAUUCCCUUUAUCAGCUGAGUGAUGCCCUCAACAUCCCCAGCAAGUUGGGAGUCAAGCUGCCAUACUUCUUCCAUGCAGGAGAGACAAAUUGGCAGGGAAAGGACGUGGAUGAGAAUGUUCUGGAUGCAUUGCUCCUAAACACCACCAGGAUUGGUCAUGGCUAUGCCCUCCUCAAGCAUCCGGUGGCCCGAAACUUGUCUCUCGAACUGAAUGUCCCCCUUGAGAUCUGCCCUAUCUCCAAUCAGGUUCUCCUGCUGGUGUCCGACCUCCGCAAUCACCCUGCUGCAGUGCUUAUGGCUGAAGGGCACCCUCUGGUGGUCAGCUCCGAUGACCCAUCCAUCUUCGGUGCUCAGGGAAUUUCGUAUGACUUUUACGAGAUGUUUAUGGGAAUUGGAGGUGCCAAGGCAGAUCUGAGGACCCUCAAAAAGCUCGCUGAGAAUUCUAUCAAGUACAGCGCUUUGUCGAAGGAGGGAAAAGAGAAACUUACAGAAAUAUGGCAGAAGAAAUGGGACAAGUUCAUAAAAGAUCUGGCCAUGAACUGGAAGAAGGAGCUGUAGGGUGGUGUGUGAGUGCUUUUGCUUCAGGGGUAGGGGCACUUAAUCAGCAUUUGGUAAUGGAGACCAGCGGGUCUGGAAACAUUUUCAUAUAAAAAGGGAAGCGAGUUUAUAAAUUCCCAGCAUUCCUCAUAUAAAGAUAAGGACAUUUUUACCCACACUCCCAUCUGCAUAGACCAUUCACAGCUAUUCUGAGCCCACCUAUAAGCCACCUAAAUCCUGUCCCUUCUGAAUCCAGAGUUUAAAGUCUCAAAUAGAAUAAGGCUAGAAAUGCUGUAUUUAUGUAUACUAAACAUAAACAUGAACUUACUGCACCACAAGCCUAAUCAAACAAAUGAUUUAUGCUUUCAAAGUUGGCCACAGGGGGUCACCAUCUUGUAACUUUGUUAUACAUCUUUGCAAGACCAAGACUGUGCACAUGCUCAGUGUGGUCUGGGCUGCUUAGGGAUCGUCAUAAAUGAUCAAAACAGCACAAGUCAAAUAAUAUCUGCCAGAAGCCGAUACAGCAAGACUGAUUAAUAAUCAGAAUAUACAGACUGCACUGGGUCCUGUGUUGUCAUGUAAUCUAAUGUGGAUUUUAUAGUUUUUGUAUUGUUUAAUACAAACUUUCUCCAACUCUGCAGAAUCAGUGGCUGCAGCAAAAUAAUCCUCCAAAUAGAAUCCCAGUUUAUCUGUUUAAAUCUGGCUCCAUGAUCUUUGUCCCUGCAGCUGGAGUUGGAAACAGUAAAGGGGAUGUAAAGGCAAAAAUAAAAUCCAACACAAAUCUCUACACAGUCGCCGACUGCUCUACAGGGAAACAAACAAAGCUGCUUGAGUUCUGCAUGGCUGGGAAGUAAGGCGGGGGCUCCCCCUGCUGUUCAUAAGUAUGAUUGUUUCCCUGCAGAGCAGUUAGGGACCGUCUGACAAUUCCUAUCCACAGCAGUAAACGAAGGGAGAAUUUCACUGCAUACUGUCAGGUUUCUUAUAAAAACAGUAUAGAUUUUUUAAUUAAACUAUAUUGGAGAUUUUUUUUGCCUUUACAUGCCCUUUAAGUGCAUGU